GACGUCACCGCGCGGUCAUUGGGCGAGCGCGCAGCGAACUGAAUUCGGCUGAAAAAAAAGAUUAUUUCACAACAAGGACAGCCGCUCUCGCUGCUCUCAGUAAGACAAGCGUGCACUUUAUGACGAGACGUUUUUAUUCCCAAAAAGACAUCGGAUGUCACAAUGGCUGCAAACUUCACCAUAUCAGACAGCGAGUCGGAGCCCUCCGAGGAGGUAGAAGAAGGGGACAACACCCAACCCCCUUCUGGACGGGACCGGAAACUCCCCCAAAGUCUCACACUUGCCUUACCCGAGCUUAGAAUGGGAGGUCGUAUCAGGCUCAACUCGGAGUCCCACGCUUCCACUGUGUCCCGGGACGAGGAGCUCCUAAGCAGGGUGGAAGAGGAUGCUGGCACGCCCACAGACGGCGGUCCGUUCCGGGGUCGCUCAAAGUCGGCUCCUCCUGAGCUCUGGGCCGCCACGAAGUACGGGCGGCGGCUGCGGCGAAUGAGCGACGAGUUCGACAAACUGUUUGACAAAGGGGAGAUCAAGAAGUUGAACGCCGGGACGUCCAGGGUAAUGCACCACUCCAAAACCUGGUGGAGUGCCCUGUUCAGCCACCAGGAGAUUGAGGGUGAGAACAACCACCAUGAGAAUCCCACUCAUCGCACUGAGUAGGGCUGCGGAAUGAAGACGACAAAGCUGUGACUGGACAGAGGACAGGGAAGACGGAAGGAGCGACGGUACACAGUGACACUGAGGUGCCUGCUUCGGUCUCUUUUCUUCAGACUACAUUUAAUCAGACGUAUUUUGUGUUUGAUAUGGUUGUGGCGUCAUUGUUGGGGAGGUGUUUUUAAAAAUGGUCUCACAACAACACUAUGCAACAGAAAGGGACGGACAGAGGAUGGGGGGGGGUGUGGCUCACGUCAUGCGUCAGGUCUUCUGAGGCACAAACACCAAGUGUUCGAAUGGACCUCAAAUACCAUUUGGACCAACUUGACUCAACAAUCAUGAACAUGUUUUUAUUGUAGCCAUCCAGUGCAGUGCAAAAGUCUUUGGUCACCUCUGUAUUUUUUUAAUAAGCAGCAUUUUGAGUCAUUAGAAGGACUGGUGCUCUUUUUUGCAUCGAUAAGGGUUCACUUAAAGAAUGGCAGCUCAAGUGUCCCACAUGUACUCCAUUAACCAUACACUCUUUAUACAUUAUAUAUUAGUUUUGUAUUAGGGCCAGACUGAAACAAACAUGAGAAAAGUCAUGUUUUUAAAGAAAGAACAUGAAUACUAAAAGAUACAAGUCAAAAUAUUAAAAUGCAAUAAAGAAAAAUGCAAAUUUUGGGAGUACAUUUGUACUCCCAAAAUUUGUACUGUACAUUGAGUACUAUGCGAAUAUUUAUGAAACUGUACUUUUAAACCAUUAUUUACGUCAUUAUUGUCAUAAAAUUAGCAACUUUUUCUCAUGUAAAUUAUUAAUUUACCAAUUUUGUAAAAUUACCCUUUUUAUAGUACCUUUUUUCUUCUCAGAUGUACUGUACUCAUGUAAAACAACACUUUAAUAAUGGCUUUAUUCACAGUUUUCUCAUAAUACAUGUUUAAUUUUUUUUUUUUCGGUGUGGCCCUAAACUACCAAGUUACUGGAAAACAGGAAAAGUUAAUAAGUACAGCAGACAACAACUCCAAUGGUGGCCAAUACUUUUGCAAAGUAUCGUAUGUAUAACAAUCAUAUACACGGACAAUCUCAAUGACUAUCUUUUUGUAAAAAUGGCAGGGUUAGUCCACUAGAUCAAGAGAAAAGAUACAUUUUAAGACACAAAAUAAGCACAAAUUCAAUAUAAGAUGUUUUUACGAAUUAUAACAGACUUUUAAGUUUAAAAGUGUAAAUAUUUUGCUAUAACUUUACGGCGAUUAACAAUGUGACCGUGGCGUUGCCGUGGUUGCUGGUGGACAAUCUGUUGACAAUAUGGCGACGCAAAGAACGUUUGAUGAUGUCAUGUUUUGUCCAAACAGAGAUUAGAAUUUUACCUUAAAAAGUCAUUUUUAAUGUGCACUGUUCAAUGACUUAACACUGGAGGAAUAGAUGUUUUUUAAACAAACCAGCUAAUAUGAUAAUGUGUUUCAUAUGGGCUGAUUACAAAAGGUUAAUUGUUGCCUUUGUUCUGUCUUUGAAUGUUUUUUGUGGGUCCAGACAAACUAAUUGGCUUUUUCAAUAUAUUAACAUGUAUUUAAUGAAAUGUAAAUCUUCCUGAUUGUGAUGAACAAACUGAAAUAUAGCCUUCAGUACCAUUUAAAAAAAAUUUUUUUUACUAUGUUGGAUCAAAUGUUAAUAGAAGUGUUGAAGUAACAAUAUUGUUGACCUGCAUCCAUCAAGUACAAGGUGCUGACGCCUCGAUAGAGAGCAGAACGAUGUAAAGAAGCUAGAAUCCAACUACCUGCCUUGAACUUGUUCUAAGUGUGGCGCUGGUCGCGCAGUACCGCCUUAAACUGCACUCGCCGUUAGGCAUGAUGCUCAUGCUCAUGCUCUAUCCAAAAUGAAAAAACAACAACAAAAAAUACUCGGGCCUGUGCAGUUUUGCAACUUGGUAUUACUUGAAGUAGUGUGGAAAAACAAUGAAAUGUUGCAUUUUGUACAUUUUCUCUACAGCUGUGAAUCUUCUAAAUGCUGUCUUAAAUAAAUCAUGUUAA